UUCAAAACAAAACAAAAAAAAAAAAGACUGUGCAGUCAGUAAUUUCACAUUCAGAGCAGAGAAGAAGGAAGAAUUACUUUUUCUUUCUCUCUCCUUUUCAUUCACAUACAGAUACAGUGGGUGGGUGGUUUAGAAGAAAAGAGGAUCUAAUGGAGUACGAAAGGAUUCACAAAGUGCAGACUGGUAUAAUAUCUCCAAGUAAGCUGAGGAUGAAGGUUAUAGGGCAUCAGCAGCAGCAGAAGAAGACGAAACAAGGAUCAAAUACUAAUUCGUCAACAACUUCACCUGUUAGGAGGCUUCAUCAGGAUUCUGAGUUUGUCAACACCAGUUUGUUGGCUGCCCAAACUCAGGAACAAUAUUGCAAUUAUGAAGGUAGAGAAAAUGGCGGAAAUUGUAGCUCAGUCCAUCCAGUUAAAGGAUGUGAAGAUGAUUAUGAUAGUACAUCCAGCUUUGAAUUUCAUAAAGGGGAGAGAUCAUCAAUGCAGCAGCAUUCAAGGUCAUUUUCACGCCCUAUGUCUUCCAAGUGGAAUGAUGCCGAGAAGUGGAUAAUCAAUAGACAACCUAAUUAUCAUUCCAACAAGAUCCAAUUACACAACCGGGGCGCUACCACCAGCAUGGUUAAAAAGGUAGAUUUUGCCCCUGAAACUAAGGAUUUGACUGAGGUGGACUCCUCUUGUUUGACUGAAGAUAUAACAGUUGGACCUGCAAUAAGAUCAGUCUCCAUGAGAGACAUGGGAACAGAAAUGACGCCUAUUCCAAGUCAAGAGCCUUCAACAACGGCUACACCUGUUGGUGCAACAACUCCACUCCGCAGUCCCACUUCUUCAAUACCAUCUACACCUCGUAGAGGACAACCAGCUCCAACGCCUACAGACAAUUACAUUGACAAUGCUUCUCAAACUUCAACAGAAAACAAUAAAAGGGAAUUGUCGGAGGAAGAAUUAAAGAUGAAGACAAGAAAAGAGAUUGUAGCCCUUGGUGUCCAACUUGGUAAAAUGAAUAUAGCUGCUUGGGCCAGCAAAGAUGUCAAGGAUAAGAGCAAGGCUGAUGCUGAACGAAUGGAAUAUGCUAAAAGGGCAGCUGCUUGGGAGGAAGUGGAAAAGUCAAAAGACACUGCAAGAUAUAAGCGUGAAGAGAUAAAAAUCCAAGCUUGGGAAAGCCAGCAUAAAGCAAAGCUAGAGGGAGAAUUGAGGAAAAUAGAGGCACAAGUUGAACAAAUGAGAGCACAAGCUCAAGCAAAGAUGGUGAAGAAGAUUGCAAUGGCAAGACAAAAAUCAGAAGAAAAGCGUGCUGCAGCUGAAGCUAGAAGAAAUCAGCAAGCGGGAAAAACUACAGAGCAAGUUCAAUACAUACGCCAGACAGGUCGACUUCCUUCUUCGUCUUUCACAUGUUGUGGCUGGUUAUGAUAAGAACGAUUAAGCAGCAGCAGGAAUGCAGAUCGUAAUCAAGUUUCGCAUGCACAUUAAACUUUCGAGUUAGCUUCUCUCAUAAUGUCCGGUUUUGUAUUAACAGAAAGUAUAGUAUCAUGUUGAACAUUGUCCGUCCUUGUAUCUAUAUUUUUGCAACCUGCAAAUAUAAGUUUUUACAUGGAAUGAAGUUUGGGUUGGUCAUUGA